UUCAAGCAAGCAGAAGGUGGUUGGAGUUCAGUCAGGUCCCUACCAGUACAAAAGGUGCCCUUGUUGGAGAGAUGGUUUUAAGAGGCCUGUCACGUUUCAACCAAUGAAAGAGAGAAUGAAAUCCGGUUUUAGUGCUUCAUUAUAUGAACUGUUUUAAAGAGGUAGUUAAGGAGAAAGGGUUUGUACAGAAAAUACCUCAGCACUGCUAACCUCAAACAUCAAAGACUGUUGUUGAUGAAAGCAGCAGAGGCACUGUGUUGGGGGUGUUGAAGCUGAAGGGAAAGUAUUUUUUUUGCUGUUGUGAUGUUUUAGCCCCAUUCCAAGAGGCUGCAGUCGUUAGUGGUUUGUUGCUUACAUAAUAAAAUCUUCACUAUAAAUCACCGACUCUUAUUUGGUAGUUGCUUGUGUCUGUAGGCAAUGAUCAUUCCUCUAAUGAGUCAUAUCUCUUUCCUUUUUCCUACUGCUUUCAUUAUACAGCCUCAUCAUAACAGCCUCUAAAUCAGACUCUCUCUGCAUGGCAGAUUUUUGACCUGGAAGGAACUUUUUACCAGCAAGAUGCUUGUAAAGGAAAGAGACCAUAAAACCAGAACGCAUUGUCCAGUACUAAAUCAUAGGCCCAACGGAGCUAAUGUUGAAAAGCACCCCCGCCUACGUGUCUAUGACCUCAGUAGAACCAGCUGACUGAAUUAAAGCUGUAUUUUUCACUGCACACAAUUUGAAUUUGGCCCAUUUUGGUCGUUGAUGUAUGUCACAACACACUGUUUGUGUACAGACCGCGUUUGUUUUAUCUAAUCCCACUGGAUUGUAAUCGGCCAGCCAGACAGCAGCUUUGCUGUGGGAACCUGCUGCUUGUGCGGUUGCUAACUGUCUCUACUCAUUGUUCAUUGUGAGAAAGACAUGAAGGUUUCAGAAAGUUAUAACGGGAAGUUAUAACAGGAAAGUUAUAACGGGAAGUUAUAACGGGAAAGUUAUAACGGGAAGUGAGGCAACUGUUGGAUAACCUGCUACCAGCUUUUGCUCAGAUCAUGCUAGGGAUAAUCAGCUGAAAUGCAUAGCAGAUAGAGUCUGAUUUUCAGAGGUGCAGAGCACCUACUGACUUCAGCUGUGGCUAUAGAUGUUCCGCACUUCUGCAAAUCAGGCCCUGCAACUCUUGUGAGUCUGGGACCUGACUCUGCAUUUCUGUAAAUGAAGUCAGUGAAGUCAGACUGGUGUACAAUCUGAAUGAGACCAAAAUCAAGUCUAUAGGUAACUAGACUUAUCAUUUACAUAGGCACAUUAGGACAGGGGCUGUAAACUCUUGCCGUUAAUAGUUUCCUCCCUUCACCUGCCAUUCCUCACACUUUGUGGACCUACUGAAAACACCCCUUCCAAACCUCCAACACAUCCCAAAUCUCCCUUCGCACACACAACAUGCAGACACAAAUGUCUAUGUACACACACAGAGACACAAAUAUCUUUGACUGAAGUAUUGCCUCUUGGGAGAAGUCACAGAACAUGUGAAAUCUCACAUUUUCAUUAAUGUUUCGGCUUUGGCAUCAUCUUGCAACGCGGCUUGUCUCAGUUGAGGGAAGAGAAUUCUUUCCUUAGAUCGACAUACCCAUCCAACAUGGCCACCAUUGCCUACUAUAGAGACUAGAACUAUGACAUGCUAAUAGGUUCCUUUUUUGUAUUUAGCCGUGAUCUUAGCUUCCUUUGUGUGAAAAAUAAAUGGAAUGGUUCCCAACUAGAAAUCUAUUAACCCAUGUCAAUGAAAACAUUACUACUCUUCUGACUGAAUUGCAAAUUCUACAAAUCCUUUGCUGAAUCCGUUCACCAGUCCAGCCAAUAACACUGGCAAAUGAAUCCCUAAUGACACAGACGGCUCAGAAGGGUUUGAAGAUACCAUCUUCCAGUCUGACUCCUAGCGUUUUGCAGGACUGUUUACAUGCAUUUUGCUCCCUCUUCGCUCAGUUGUAAUGGUUACACAAGGUACAGAGUACGGGGACAAUCAGGCCCUUUCUUCCUUAUAUGCCAGCCAUUACUAUUUGCCUUACUGUACCGUCCUCUAACAGUGUGAAUCAUUCGCUUGCUUUUCACUGUAGACUAUUUGAAUUUGGCCCGUUUUGGUCGUUGAUGUAUGUCACAACACACUGUUUGUGAACAGACCGCGUUUGUCUUAUCUAACCUCACUGGAUUGUAACGGGCCAGCCAGCCAGCAACUUUGCUGUGGGAACCUGCUGCUUGUGCAGGAGCUAAUGUAGGUAAUACUGGCAACCCCCAUUAGGGAAAAUCUAACACUGAAAAAUAACUCUCGUUUAGUUGUUUAUUCCACAAUAGCACAUGAUAGCACAGUGCGGGGGACUGGACUAGAUGAUUUAGCGAGGCCUUUCCAAUCCCUUCAUGUCUAUGGCAGGAGAAAAUAAUGAUUAGUUAUUGUCCAGAUAGUCUGUGUAAUUUCUUCAAACUAAGAUGUCCGUAAACAUCAUUUUUUUCAUACUGGAAAUUUUUUACACUCUGUUUAGAAUAAAUGUACUAACUUAGUCACCAGAACCUACAAAGCACUGGAAAGAGAUAGCAGAUGGAUAUUUAAAUGCAAUAAGUGUUCAAUGAAUCCUAAUUAAUAUAGUUAUGAUGGCACUUUGCCUACUUUUCUAGGAAGCCAAAUAUCCGUUAGUAUGGGCCCUUCUUGAUUUGUGACUUUGAUUAUUUCUGUUUGGUUGAAAUUUUAUUUACGUGAAAAAGCUAGAAGACUCAAAGUUCCUUCCCCGAGACUAUAUAUUUUUGGCUGCCUUUUAAAAGGACUCUGGGGAUUUGUUCGGCUGUUCCGUGACAGUAUAGCUUCUUUGGAGAUAUUUAUAGCCCAUGAUCUGCCUCCCCUGAGUCACUUAUUUUACAGGCUCCAAAUAACUCUAUUUGCCUCAGCCUCUCAUAUGGUCUUGCACUCUGAUCUAUGUAUCAUUUUUGUUGCUUUCUUCUGUCUCCUUUGGUAAUGGGGAGCUGGAAGGAUGUUUAAAAUACAACCCUUAUUGAUAUGAGGAUUGCACAGAGCAUAGUUCAUCAUGGUGCUGCCCGUGGGUUGCUCUUAUUUGUGUUGCCUGGCUUUUUGAUAGUUAGUUGAUGACUUGUGUUGGGGGAAGUGCAAAGCUGCAUAGCUUCAGUGGGAGCAAUGGGAUGUAUCAUGCUGCCUCCUGAUAGCACAGGGAAACAUUGUGCUCCACUAUACAGGGGAGCGCGUGCUUGCUACACAAUCCCUUAGGAGCAGAUUGUGUACGUUUCUCCCUUCCCUCUUCAUCACCCAGCCAGUUAGCUAGUGCGUAGGAUGCAGGGACUUCAGCCCACCUCACCUUCCUUACCCUUUUGUGGGGUGCUGUGAGACCCAGGAGUUAUUCUCAGGGAGCAGGCUCCACACCUACUCAAAGACUAGCCACUAUCUGGCCCAUAAUGUCUCUUGUAUGUUUCUGGGUGGGCUUACAUCUUGCCGUUGGGCACACCGAAGAAUGAAUGGGUGGUGCCAUGGUCCAGAUUGUGGCUGGCCUUACACAGGUGUACAAGAGGCGAGGAGGCACAAGGAACCUUCAGCCUACUUCCUAUCCCCUCCCUCUGCAACAGUAGACAUAACUAUGGUGAUCAGUCCUGACACUGCAUUAGUCUAACACAGACACCACUGUUAGACUGUCCCAUGUGGGAGUAGGAUAAUCCAAGCCCCCCCUUGCAGUCACCAGUGAAGCUAAACCAGAAGAGUGCGAUCAUACUGCACUCUGGAAAUGGAUUCUAAGCUCCUAUUCCAGCAUGUACCCCUGCAGCGUCCCUGAAGUUGUCUAUUCUAUACCUUGAAUUAACACCGCGCUAGAGUGCAGUCCCAUUAAAGCCUCCAAUAAUGUAUUUUGCAUUGUUUUCUCUUUAAAAUUACCCUUCUUCAAUCUCUCUCUGAAUCAUCCAGGCUAACUCCUUUGAAAAGAUAGCUGUAUGGUAUGAAAGCAUAGAUGAGUCCAGUGCCCCUUUAAGGAAUGCUUUCAGGCCUCAGUGUGAGCUACAAUAUUAAUUUUAGCUUGGAGGUUUGCCACAGGCAGAUUUCACAGAGGGUCUUGAAGCUAUAGCAAGGCAGCUGUUCACUGGUAUCCCGGGUGGGGUUUGCUUAGUAAAGAAGAGCACAACGCUUGAGAUACUGAAUGCACAACUUUCUUUCGAGGUAUUUUGCCAGCAGAGCAAAGGUUCUGGAACUUUUUUUAAAUUGACUUGCGCCAUUCUAUCAAGAAACUAUGGCAGAAGAGCAAACUGGACUCGAGGAGCGGAUAAUAAUAAAGGACCAGCACACAAAGGAAAUAGACCUGGUGAACAGAGAUCCAAAGCACAUUAAUGAAGAUGUUAUAAAGGUGGAUUUUGAAGAUGUCAUUGCUGAGCCAGCAGGUACAUACAGUUUUGAUGGAGUAUGGAAAACCAGCUACACCACCUUCACAGUCAGCAAGUACUGGUGCUACCGGCUGCUUUCGGUUGUGUUGGGAAUCCCUCUGGCAGUCAUCUGGGGCUUCCUCUUUGCUUUAAUCUCCUUUUGUCAUAUCUGGGCAGUGGUGCCCUGCAUCAAAAGCUACGUGAUCGAAAUCCAGUGUGUCAGCAGAAUUUACUCCCUCUGCAUCCACACCUUCUGUGACCCACUGUGCAAGGCCCUGGGGCAGAUCUUUAGCAGCAUCAAACUUGCCCUACGCAAGGAAGUCUAGAGCAAUUGGUGGAGAAAACUAGCAGAAACAAUCACUCACCCAACAAUCACACUUUCGAAGUUUUCCUAAAAGACUGUGCACCAUAUUCUUCUCUCAGUUAGACUGGAGUAACCAGGGAUGCCUAUGCAGUUACUACACAUUCAAUCUAAUGUAAAGGAGAGCAGAACUUCCUCUGUAAUUAUUUCAUGGACCACAACCUUAGAUUAACACAUGCAUUUAUUAAGUAACAAAUAAGGGUGUGAGAAAGCUAAAGUACAUUAGGGUACAUGGCAAAAUGGUCGGUUUAGUUAGCCAUUAGCUCAAAAUAGUAUCAGGAAGCACAGUUAUGUAUUAUUGCUGCAAAUAGUGGCUGUUGUAAACGCUUUUGUUUUAAUUUGCAAUAUGCCAAAAGUGUAUGGAUUGAUGAUGUAAAUGACAAAGUUUUGUUUCCAGGUGUGUUUCCAUUUAAGCUUUUAAAUCCAGGUAACCUUACUGGGUAAAUGUUUGACUGCUGAACAUGCUUUUCGAGGGGUGCAGUUUGUGUCUGUUGUUUUGUGGCUGCAAGCGCAUACCAUGGCAUUUCGACCCGCUAACUAACUGUGGGCAUAAAUCAGGUAGUUAAACAUGCAGCUAUUACAAGCUGUAUCCAGGAUUCAAUGGCAGGCACAGAAGCCGCAGACAUUUGGCCCAAUUUUUUUCUCAGACCCAAAUUACAUUUACAAACCGGGCGGUUGGGCCUCCCCACCACAUCUGAAUAUUUACCUCAAUGACCGCAAACAUAUUUGACUAAGUCACUUAAAUAAUUACCAGAUUGGUUUUCAUAAAAGAUUUUGGCUUAUUUGCUGAGAAGGUGGGGGGGGGGUAUGUUAUUUGCUUGUUUGAUCUCAUGAUAAACUAGGGAAUUCAUUUUCCUCCCUAAUGGUGUUUAGUCUUAGCUAAUCAGUCCUGUUGCCAUGUUUCUAUGUUCCCUAUAGUUACAGCUGUCUUAACACUGGAGCAAGAAUUAGCUAAAAUUCCUAGAAUUGUGGGGCCCCAUUAACAUCAAUGGUGUUGCACUGGUAUAAACAAGAAUAGAUUUUAGCUCAUUGGGCCUAAUUCACUCAUGCAGUAUUUAACACGAGACACCCUAGUGUCUUUAAUGCAUUUAGUUCAGAUAUACCACCGUGCAAGCAAGAGGAGAAAGAGACCCUUUGUUUUCAAUGGAAGUUGCACAUUUCAGGUCAGAGGGGUUUUGGCCCAUAAAAUUAGGGAUUAAAAAAGGGCCAUUAUGUCAAGUGCAAAGGUAUUUCCUACUCUGUAUUCUCUGGUAAUUUGUCCAGCCCAUUUUUAAGGAAUCACACAGUGAGGAACCCAUCAAUUCCCUAGGAAGAUUAUUCUGGAUGUAAAGCAUGUGAGUAAUUCCAUUACUAUCAAGCAAGGCACUUAAACAUGUUUAAGGUUAAGCAUGUGCUGAAGUGCCUUGUUGAAUCAGUGCCUGAGCCAGCUCACUUUUCAGACAUUUUCCCUGAUUGGGUUAAUGGUCCUUUACUCAGUUCAGUGCAUUGGCUUCCCGUAAGUACUAAGUCCCAGAUCUUCAAAAGGUCUUUAGGUGCCUAACUCCCACUGAAAUCAAUGGUGCUCCUCCAAUGACUAUUAAGAGCCAAAUUCUCUACUGGUGCUACUCCAAUGAUGUCGGGGAUUUGUGCUCUCAUUUUUGCAAAGUAAUGGCACUAAACACGCCAAUGACACUAAUGUUUUUAAAGGAUUAAUAGAGAAAAAAAGGAUGUAGUGAUUGAAAAAAGAAUAAGGCUUGUUGUUCUAUUGAUUACACGUUCAACUCAAAAAGCUACACACACACACCUUUUCCCAGCUGUGUUCUUGGGCUGUUACUACGUGUGCAGCCUUUACGGUGUUGUUUCUGAGCUCAUGUGCUUUUUGAAAUGUGUUAAUGCAAUGCAUUUAUUCA